AUGGAGAAGUUCAUCUUUUUAGCAUUUCUUGAUGUUCUGUUCGCUUCCUUAUUGAUGUUUCAGCCCAUCAUUUGUUCCAGCAACUUCACUGAUCAAGAGGCUCUCCUCCACUUCAAAUUGGCGACCGAAGUCGACCCGACAACACGAUCAAAGGUGGCAAUCGGACUGUGGAAGCUAACUUCUGUGAAUGGACGGCAGCAACCGCAGGCAGAGAGUCACGACUUUAGACCUCUCCUCCACCGUUUCUAUGCCACGGUUUCAGAUAAAGACGGUACUUUACGCCGCCUGAAAGACCUGGCUAACGGUGGCAUAUCGAGAGAAUUUGGCGCCUUCCCAAAGUUGCAACAACAGUUUAGUGGCUUCAACAACUUACAGGGUCAAAUUCUGAGCUUCCUGGGCAGCAUAUCCACAGACCUUGGUUCUGGAAGAAAACUGGCUUUGUGGCUCCACACUGGAAUCUAUCAAAAACUUCUCAACUUCCCUACAAAUUCUAGUCAUUCCCCAUUGUCAAAUAACAGGUCACAUUCCCAAUUAAAUGGGUUUCUUGAAGAGCUUGACUUUCUACAGUUGAGCGAUAACAAUCUAGACGGCAACAUCCUGUCAUCUAUUGGAGGACUACAACAGCUUGCAAAGGCUGUACCGUGA